AUGUCUCAAACUCGUGAAGAUUCUGUUUACUUAGCUAAAUUGGCUGAACAAGCCGAACGUUACGAAGAAAUGGUCGAAAACAUGAAGACCGUUGCUUCUUCAGGCCAAGAAUUGUCUGUCGAAGAACGUAACCUAUUAUCCGUUGCUUACAAGAAUGUCAUUGGUGCUCGUCGUGCUUCUUGGAGAAUAGUUUCUUCAAUCGAACAAAAAGAAGAAUCAAAAGAAAAAUCUGAACAUCAAGUUGAGUUAAUUCGUUCUUACCGUUCUAAGAUUGAAACUGAAUUAACUAAGAUUUCUGAUGACAUUCUGUCCGUAUUAGAUUCCCAUUUGAUUCCUUCUGCCACUACUGGCGAGUCUAAAGUGUUUUACUAUAAGAUGAAGGGUGACUAUCACCGUUAUUUGGCUGAAUUUUCUAGUGGCGAUGCUAGAGAGAAGGCAACGAAUGCCUCUUUGGAAGCAUACAAGACUGCUUCCGAGAUUGCCACUACCGAAUUGCCUCCAACUCAUCCAAUUCGUUUGGGUCUAGCCUUGAAUUUUUCUGUCUUCUAUUAUGAAAUUCAAAAUUCUCCCGAUAAGGCUUGCCAUUUGGCCAAGCAAGCAUUUGACGAUGCUAUUGCUGAACUAGAUACUUUAUCUGAAGAAUCAUACAAGGAUAGUACUCUAAUCAUGCAAUUAUUAAGAGACAACUUAACCUUAUGGACUUCUGACAUUUCUGAAUCUGGUCAAGAAGAUCAACAACAACAGCAACAGCAACAACAAGCUCCAGCAGAACAAACUCAAGGUGAACCAGCCAAAUAA